UGUAUUUAUGAUAUUUUUGAUAAUUUCAAUAACUAUUAAUUUAAGUUUAAAAUCAUGGACUACGCGGAAGAAACUACAGCGUCAUUUGGGCUUCAGUCCAAUACUAGCCAAAAUGGAAGUAAUACUACGGAUUAUGACUACGAGAUCAUCCAUAGCCCACCUCUUGAGGAACUUGUGCCAAUGGCGAUGUUUUAUGGCACCACACUUCUACUUGGACUUAUUGGCAACAGUCUUGUAAUCUUUUCUGUGAGCAAGUUUGAGCAGAUGAUGACAAUAACCAACAUAUUCCUCCUUAGUCUUGCUUCAGCGGAUCUUCUGUUGGUCUUGGUGUGCAUUCCUGUAAAGUUUGCGGCCUUUUUCUCGUACAACUGGAGAUUCGGAGAGUUUACCUGUAAGGCAAUCUACUACGUACAGAAUCUGUCCGCCAUCUGCUCAGUAGCUACACUCACUUUUAUGAGUUUGGAGAGGUAUUACGCCAUAGUUCACCCUAUGAGGGCCAAAUAUGUGUGCACAAAAGGUCGAGCACGACGAGCAAUUACCAUUCUGUGGAUUGGCUCUGUCGUCCUAGCUGUCCCUAUACUCAUCGGCAGAAUUCAACUGACAGUGGGGAGAAGGAGACAAGCAAAAUGGUGUGUAAAAUGGUUUGAAGACAAACUCGUCCGCCAGCUGUACGAGGUGUAUAUGUUCUCCCUUAUACUGAUCGUGCCCGUUUGUAUCAUGAGCUUCGCAUACUUCCGUAUUUGUCAAGAGCUGUGGUUCAUGGCGAAACAUCGGUCCAAUAUGAGAUCUGCUGCGGACUUUCGAAGUUCCCAGUACUACGGACGUAACGGUUCAAGCAAUAGUACACCUGUGCGUAACUCGUCGGCGAAUGAAAAAACGCCAGUACUGAGAGUUAAGUUCACUGAUGAUGAUACGACAAAGAAGCAGGUCAUCAAAAUGCUAGUCGCUGUUGUGGUAGUUUUCAUCAUCUGUUGGGCACCAAUUUUGAUCAAUAAUGUGUUGGUUGCGUUCGAAUUCCUACCAGAAUUAAACAUUCCUCCAUAUAAGUACAUGCGAGAAGCAUUUCACCUUUUAUCGUACGCAAACAGCUGUGUCAAUCCAAUAGUGUACGGAUUUAUGUCCAGAAACUUUCGCCAGACGUUUAAACGGGCGUUGUGCAGCUGCCUAAAAGGACGACAGUAUGUUAGAAAAAUGACAUUCAAAAAUCAAAGUUUGGUCGUUAAUGAGAAAUGGGACUGUAGGACAGGAAAACGACAGUGUGAAGUGGAAUACAAUACUUCGUGCGCUGAUGGCUGUACCGACAUAUUUGAGAUGUCUAAUACUCGACACGAACGCUCCAGCAGUGAGGAUAUUGCAAGACUUUAAUUGCGCUAAUGUUAAUAGCAAACCUAAUUUCUCAUAAAAUCCAAUAAAGCUGUUAAUAUGUCUUUCAUUUAUAGCAUAAAAGGGAAACUUGAUUGUGUAUUGCCUAAUGAAAGACCUUAAUACACUACUAUCAUAAUUGUGAGAAUGCGGCCUAUCUACAUUUAGUUAAAAUAUGUAAAUUGCGUGCUACCCCUAUUUUCUCUUUCUAAUUUUUU